GAGACGGCCACUCUGCGCUGCACCGUGACCUCCCUGAUCCCCGUGGGGCCCAUCAGGUGGUUCAGGGGCACAGGGCCAGGCCGGGAGUUAAUCUACGAUUUUAAAGGAGGCCACAUCCCCCGAGUAACAAAUGCUUCAGAUGUCACAAGGAGAGACAACACGGACUUUUCCAUCCGCAUCAGUAACAUCACCCCGGCAGACGCCGGUGUCUACUACUGUGUGAAGUUCCAGAGAGGAUUAGCUGGUGACACGGAGUAUAAGUCUGGACCAGGCACUCGGCUCACUGUGAGUGCCAAACCCUCACCUCCCGUGGUAUCAGGCCCCGCCUCAAGGGCCCCACCUGAGCAGACAGUGAGCUUCACCUGCAGAUCUCACGGCUUCUACCCCAGAACCAUCUCCCUGAAAUGGUUCAAAAACGGGAAGGAGAUCGCAGCCUCCCAGACCAGCGUGGACCCGGAGGGAGACAGCGUUUCCUACAGCGUCUCCAGCACAGCCAAGGUGGUGCUGGCCCCGGGGGAUGCUCGCUCCCAGGUCACCUGCGAGGUGGCCCACGUCACCCUGCAGGGGGGCCCUCCUCUCCGUGGGACUGCCUACUUGUCUCAGGUCAUCCGAGUUCCGCCCACCGUGGAGGUCACCCAACAGCCCACGGCAGGGACCCAGGUGAACGUCACCUGCCAGGCGAAGCAGUUCUACCCCCGAGACCUCCAGCUGAGCUGGGUGGAGAACGGAAACGUGUCCCGGAUAGAAAUGGUGUCGACCCUCAGGAAGAACAAGGACGGGACCUUUACCCGGACGAGCUGGCUCCUGUUGAACUCGUCCGCCCACAGCGGGGAGGUGCUGUCCUGCCGGGUGGAGCACGACGGGCAGCCGGCGGUCAGCGCCAACCUCACCCUGGAGGCCUCUGCUCCCCAGAAGGACCAGAACACACAUGAACACCCUGGUGAGGCUUCCAUUAACCUGAAAGGGCUUUUAAAAUUUUAUCUUUUUAAGUUGUUAAAGUAGUCAUUCUUCCUUGUUAUAGAAUAAUCUAGAAGUCCAUAAAUGUAAAGUAGAAUUUUGAGGUGACUUCCCCCACUCAAAUCCCAUACU